AUGUCCGUUAAGUGUGCAAUUGACUUGAACAUACCAGAUAUCAUACACAACUAUGGCAAACCUAUGCCACUCUCAAAACUCACUGCUUCCCUGAAAAUCCACCCUUCCAAGACUUGUUUUAUUUACCGCUUGAUGAGAAUUUUGACUCAUUCUGCUUUUUUCUAUGAGCACGAUGUCACCGAAAAUGAGCUCGAAGUGAGGUAUGUUCUAACUGAUGCAUCUAAACUACUCCUAAAGGACCCUCCCUUUAGUUUGAAAUAUUUUCCGCAACUCGUACAUGAUCCAGUAAUUGUCAAUUCAUGGAUUCAACUCUCUACAUGGUUCACAAAUGAUGACCCUACACCAUUUCAUACUGCAAAUGGUAUGGGAUUUUGGGAUUUUGCUGCGCGUGAGCCUAAAUUGAAUCACCUCUUCAAUGAGGCCAUGGCUACUGACAGUCUAUUGGUUUCCAGUAUGGUGGUUGAGAAGUGUAAGAGUGUGUUUGAGGGAUUAGAAUCAUUGGUUGAUGUGGGAGGAGGAACAGGGACUAUGACUAAGGUCAUUGCUGAGUCAUUCCCACAACUAAAGUGCAUUGUAUUUGAUCUGCCACAUGUUGUUGGUGACUUGCAAGGAACUGAGAACUUAAAAUAUGUUGGAGGGGAUAUGUUUGAAGCAAUUCCUCCUGCUGAUUCCAUUAUGUUGAAGUGGGUAUUGCAUGACUGGAACGACGAAGAAUGUUUGAAAAUACUGAGUAAUUGCAAGGAGGCAAUAAGUAGCAAGGGCAAGGUUAUCAUCAUUGACAUGGUGAUGGGGAAUAAGAAGGAAGACCGUGAAUUAACUGAGACGGAGAUUUUCUUUGAUAUGCAGAUGAUGCACGAUGUCACCGAAAAUGAGCUUGAAGUGAGGUAUGUUCUAAUUGAUGCAUCUAAAUUACUCCUUAAGGACCAUCCCUUUAGUUUGAAAUAUUUGCCGCAAUUCGCACUUCAUCCAGGGAUAUUGGAUUUUGCUGCGCGUGAGCCUAAAUUCAAUCACCUCUUCAAUGACGCCAUGGCUACUGACAGUCUAUUGGUUUCCAGUAUGGUGAUUGAGAAGUGUAAGAGAGUGUUCGAGGGAUUUGAAUUACUGGUUGAUGUUGGAGGAGGAACAGGGACUAUGGUUAAGGUCAUUUCUGAGUCAUUCCCAGAACUAAAGUAA